UUGAGCAGAGCCACGUCGAGGAGACACGGGAGAACGAGAAGAGAGAGGGAUGAUGGAGGGGUGGGAGAGACCUCCGCACCGUCGCAGCCGAUCAAAGAACGCGUCGUUCUCCUCUUCUCUCCUUGACGCCAUCUACCGCUCCAUCGAAGACGACGACGUGGAUAACAGCAAAAGCGGAGAGACGAGGGGCGGAGUACCCGACCGCUCCUUUUCCCACAGGAAGCAAGUGGAACCGGUGACGCACUCCCGAAACGGGAGCAGAGCACCCGUAGUGAGCGAGCUGGCGGUGAGCCGUGCCGGCGUCACCGACUACUACCGCCGCAGCCCUUGUGGCGUCGGCACAUUCGCUCCGACUUCCAGCUCCUCCUCCUCCUCCUCCUCGUCCAUCACCCCUAGAAUCAACGCCACAGGAUUGUUCUCAUCGUCAGACGGUGAGUCCAACCAGUCGGACCGCAUUCCUCGGCUCGAUUCCCCUGCCACGAAGAAGAAAGCGAAGCCCAAGUGCAGCAACCUCCGUAGCGGGCUCCGGGGCCUGAGAAAGCCCCGGACGGCGUCGGACGCAGCUGUAGCGACGUCGCCGCGGGCGCGGCUGGUGAGAUUUAUAAUCGCGCUCUUUUCCGCCGCCGGGAGCUCCAGGAAGCCUAAGAUCACCGUCCCCUCCGCCGCGGCGGCCAAAGAUGGGGCCCGAACGGAGGAGUCGACGACGACAUCCACCUCGGCUUCGAGCUGCAUGGGUACGUGCCUGAGCAAGGCGUCGGAAGCGUCACGGCGGCAGGCUGCGGGAGCGGAGAAGGGGAAGAGGACGGUGCGGUUCUAUCCGGCGAACGUCAUCGUCGACGAGGACUACUCGCGGCCCUGCGGCCACAAGCGCCUCCAGGACGGUGCCGCCAAUGCAGCGGCGAGGGUGAAGGAGCUGCUAAGGCUGGGACGGGAGGAGGACGACGACGCCGGGGGGAGCGAGUCAAGCUCGGAUCUGUUCGAGCUGGAGAAUCUAACGGAGGUGAUGGGGGAAGGGAGAGGGGGAGGAAGGUGCAGGGAUGAGCUCCCCUUGUACGAGACCACCAACCUUAACAAAAAUCGGGCCAUAGCACGAGGUUUGAUCCUUUAGGAAAAAGAUGCAUCAGAAAUAAAACUCCAAGCAAUCAAAGAGAAUAAAUAGUAUUAUAUGUUUGUAACUCUUUUCUAAUGAUAAUUAUAAA